GGACAGGGUCGUCUCGUGUCGGUCUGCAAGUCAGUGUAUCUAUCCUUGUGAAUCAUGUCUGGUCGUGGUAAAGGUGGUAAGGGUUUGGGCAAAGGAGGAGCCAAGAGACAUCGCAAGGUGUUGCGUGACAACAUCCAGGGUAUCACAAAGCCUGCAAUCCGUCGUCUGGCUCGUCGAGGUGGUGUGAAACGCAUUUCAGGAUUGAUCUACGAGGAGACUCGUGGUGUUCUGAAAGUGUUUCUGGAGAACGUGAUCCGUGAUGCAGUCACCUACACAGAGCACGCUAAGAGGAAGACAGUGACAGCUAUGGACGUGGUGUACGCUUUGAAACGCCAAGGUCGUACUUUGUACGGUUUCGGUGGUUAAUUCACUAGCAUGUGAACAAUUGGCGACCUGCAACUGGUCCACACGAGAACGUAUCACGGUCCUAUUUAGGACCACCACGUUGUGAUUUGUGUUUUAACUGUAUGGUUAGCCUAUUUGUUUUGGACUUUCAACAAUGAGUAUUGUGUUACUAUAUGUAGUGCUUGAUAUAUUAGCGAAUGAACGCUUGUACGGGUGCUCAUUUCUCUAUACUGUUUGUGGGGUCGGGCAUGGUGAUAUUUCGACAGAAUAUCCCAUAACUAAAGUGGGAUUCAGAUUGCUAUUCGACUUAUUGUGUGUAUUUGUCGCGCAGUGUCAGCAUCAGGUGGCCAUGUACUUGUGAAAUGAGUGUCUGUGGGACAUACUAUCUCUGAAUAUGCGUUACCAUAAAUCAUUUUGAUUCUAAAGUAUACGGAAGAUGCUGAGGUGUGGGAAUUGUAUGGGGUUGUCCGGUUUCGGGCUUGGAGAGGAUAUAACUUCAGUGGUUAUCAUUCCACUGAAUGAUAUACAAUAUAUGUUGAGCAUAGUUGGUCUAGUACUUUGAUUUUAUAGUUGGGAGGUCGUCCUGAUUCCGCCUCCAGGCUUACUUGUACCGUACGACAUAAGCGGGGAGCCAAUCUUAUUAAUGCACCAUUGCAAUAUCUUUCGAUGUAGGUAUAGUUAGACCUCAUUUAAGAGAUUAUUCAAUUUAUCAUUUACCUUGUCUACACUUUUCUACUACAACAAGUUUUUGUAAGCAACCGAUGGUUACGUGGUGUAUCUAGCGAGGCAGUAGGUAGUUCAGGUCCAUGUUCUUCGCUGUGAUCUUUCGCCAUGUACUCAAUGUGAACUGUCAGUAUUAUUUUCGACCUAUUUGAACAUAUAGGAAUUAGUACAAUGGCUCAUCAGAUAUAUCGCCAUAAAGUGUUAUGGAUAUAAUCCAGUUCUAUCUUAUCAUAUGCGCGUAAGGUUUGCAGAUUAUGUAUGUUGCUUCAAAACAAGCCUGUGAUUAGUGUGUGCUUUUUAAGAAUUACAAAAUUAAGUAGCCUAAUAUUCACAAUAAAGCUACAGGCUUUUAACUCCAUAAUUUGUACAUCUAGUUAUUAAUAUCCUGUGAUCAAUUAAUUGCUUUGUGUAUUGACUAAACUAGUUGCAGUAUUGAUAAGAUCAUGUGUCUGGAUAAGUUCUUCCGAAAUUGUAAACUCGUUUUAUUUCUAACAUUAAGUAAGAUUAAUUGACUGACUUCUAAACUAUUCCUUUCAUCUAUCAUAUUCAUUAAGUCAAUAAAUUCUGUUUAAUUACACUACAAAUUUUAUCCUUAUAAUUUGUUGAUAUAAUGUAAACUAGACAAUGUAACCAAGUUUUUGAAAGGUAUCUUCGUUAUUAUGACUUAUUAAAAACAAAAUUUCAUAUUGUCUAGAACAGAUCCAAGUAUGACGUUCAUAUAUUCACUAUAAUAGAGUAACAACAUCAAUGGUAUCGUGAAUAUAAACAAAGUUUGUACUUUUUUUUCAUGAUAAUUCAAUAUUGAAAUGAAUUCGUGAUGUUGAAUGUUUACAUAUACAAAUGUAUGGUUAUAACUAACUGAUAUAUAUAAAUGUAUAUGUCCAUCAAGCUUUAUUCACAUUUCAAUAAUGAAACUCAUCUUAUUAUUUGUACUAACUAUUUUGUUACUUUUCAAUGUAACUGAAUCCAAAUCUAGUCAACAGGAACUAAUUAUUGAAAGUGUCAAAUUAUGGAAUUCAAUUAAAGAACUUUGGAAGAGGUUUGAACAUAAGUGUCAAGAGAAAAUUCGAAAAUAUCUUGAGGAAGAUGAUUUAGAUGAAAAAAUAGCCGAUGUUUUAAAAAUUUAUGUCAAGCGUUUAAAUAGGCGUUUAGAUAUGCGUUUAUCAACAGACAGACAAGAAUAAACAUUUAUCAUAGCUAAAAAUAUCUCAAUAUUCAAUGAAGAAGAAGAACACCAUUGUAGUGAAUUUUAAUUCAAUAAAGUAGCUGAAAACUAAUUCGUUGUUUGAUUAUAAGACAGAUAAUCAUUGUACAUGAGUGUCUAAAAUAUUUUUUGGAAGAAGGAAUGAAUACAUUUGGUCAUAUCAUUACUAUCUCUUAGUUUGAAUGUUAUAUGAAUUUCUCUCUUCAGCGGAAACAAAAGCUCACUCGAAGGUGUACAUUUACGCUUGACAGAUUUAACACUUAGGCCUGUUACCCCUCGUCGAGAAUGGGCUUCCGACCUACUCUAUCCUGAACUCUCCUUUCUAGUUGUUUCCAAGUGCUGUUCAUCUUUGAAUUUCUACCUCCGGUUCCCGACUUAAUUUGUUUUUCGAUCUACCUCUUUUUCCUUUGCCUUAAGGACUCCAAGUUAUGACUUGCUUCGUGAUCCAAUUUAUUAUCGUUACUAUUAUUAUUGCUGCCAUUAUUAUUAUUAAUGACUUGACAGUUUGGUGAUUUCCUCAGUGAAUGUCCUAUCCAUCUCCAGCGUCUUUCCCUAAUUACCUAUUCAUAUGGAAGGUAAUUUAUUCUCUUCCAUAGUAGUGUGUUGCCAGUGGUUUCCGGUCAACGGACAUUGAGUAUCUUAUGUAGACAAUUCUUUAUAAAUAUAUGUACUUAUUUGAUGAUUGUUGUGGUAGUUCUCCAAGUUUUAGCGCCGUACAGUAAAACUAUCUUGACGUUCACAUUGAAGAUUCUGACUUUGAUAUUGGUUGAGAGUUGUUUUGAGUUCUAUAUGUUCUCCAAGUGUAGGAAUGCUGUUCUUGCUUUGCCAAUCCUCGCCUUUAUGUCUGCAUCAGAUUCUCCUUGUUUAUCGAUGAUGCUGUCCAGGUAAGUGAACGCUUCCUCCUCUUCUAGCGUUUAACCAACAUGUGUUAUUGGGUUGGUUAGUGUUCUCCGUGUUGUACUUGAGGAUCUUGCCUACUUACUUACUUACUUAUUUUCUUACUUCCCACUCUAUUAAUGCAUUUUGUAUUUCAUUGGGCAGCAUCAGUGUAGCUCCCUGUAUGUGCGGAGCAUUUUCUUCUUCAAGACAAUAGUACAGCAGCAUCUCUCCUGUACCUAAUCCUUGCUGUCCAGCUUGGGUCUAAUCGGUUCGAUUCCGAGCACUGCCAAGUCGUAUCUCCUCAUUUCCGCAGUUAUUUGACUGGUUCUCCCAGUUCCCCACAUUGUCCAGAUACUCCAUGUACCUAUAUUAAUUGUUGCUCUGGUUGUUAGAAUGGUUAACGACCUCAAGACUACCAAAGGAUCUCGAUUUUCAUCCUUAGGCAUCAUAACUCUUCCUUCAAAUCCCCGGGCAGAGUUUAAAUGGUUUAAUUUGUUUAAUCUGGUUGGCAAUUUUUUAACAUAGUUGUUAUCUAUGGGAUAUGGUUUCUGACCGUGUGUUCAACCCUCUUCCUUCAUCUGGGCUUGCGACCAGCAGUACUCCUAAAAGGGAUGCAGGUGCAUUUGUGAAUUAUACACAUGGUGGGAUAUUUCUUAAAACACCUAGUUGAUAUCACUCAAGAGGCUACUCUCUCAAUAAAUUAAUUCAGUAUCUGGUAACCGAUUACGAUGUUGAAAACUAUUGUCUAAUAAUUGUCAAUUAGAGCUAUAGAUAUUGGAGACGUGUGAAUAUGAUUUAUUAGACUGAUCAAAUAUUUUAUAUCGUUAUUAGAAUAAUAAGUGAAUGGUUAUCCGGUCUCAGUAGCUUCGUGUGUUACCUGUUAUUGUAUGUUUUGAAAUGUGUUAACUUCGAAUCUCUAUGUGAACACAAACAUUUGAAUAUGCAUAAAUGCAAAUGACAAGUCCCAGAUUGAGUGAAUCGCGUGACAUGGAUUUCAUUGCUAGCGGAAAUCUACCUUAUAUGUAUAACCAAAUAGUAAUCAAAGAACCGUGAAUUUGAAUAUCAGAUUUGACGGCGAAAUCAAUGCACCAAUGAAAGGAGUUGUAGUGGGUUCGUUAUUAGGUCUCAUACAAGCUGGCACUUUCCUAGCUAAACUAGGACACAGUCUAUUUCAUCAGUUUAUUCAGAAAUUCCCAUUUCGUUUUCGAUAUAUGGACGACAUGUUGUUCCACUUUAAAGAUAGCACAUUACAACUAGAGGUUUUGAAGAAAUUGAAAAUGAAGUACACAUAGCAAUUAAGUUUACACCUGAAAUAGAAUAACCUUUUUCGAUGUUCUGUUAACAGAAAGUGUCGAUGGGUCAAUAUGAAGGAAUUUAAACAUGAAAAGUACCUGUACAUACAAAUGAACACAUUUCGUUAGCUUUGUACGCCUUUAGUACACUGGAAACCAAAUAAAAACUAUUAGUUAUUGAAUAAGAAUGUACUUGAGGAAGAACCAAACGAUUUGCAUAUACUGCUCAGGAAAACAGGUACCCCGGGAAGUGUACAAACAAAAAUAUAUCCACGAAUCUUAGAAUAGACGAAGUACAAACAAUUAGUAGGAAGUUCCUUUUCAUUUGUCAACAGUUCAGAGGUGAUGCACACAGUGAAAUACUAAUCCAGAAAUCAGUGCGAAUUUACGUCACCAGUGAAUAUUAAAGUAAUACUUUAUAUGACUAAUACACAAUCAGCUGUAUUAAUUUCCACUACAAUUCCCAGCUGAUAUGCUCAGUGAUAUAAUAAUCCAGAGAUCACGUCAAACAAUCAGAAAAGCAUCUGACACCGGAAAAUUAAAACUAGUCUACUUCAUAUGACCAAUGACUACGUCGAGGUUAAAAGUCCAAUCAUCUAGAAUAGUCAUCUCAUUUUGUAUUGAUCAAUUCGACUACUGCUGUGAAACCAGUCAUCUUAAUCGAAGUUCUGAGAAUUUACAUUUCCGUGCUAGUGAACAUAUUUCAGUGUGACUAAACAAACAUGUAGUCAAGACAACAAAUGAUUUUAUAAUUCCAAUAGUUGAGAUCAUGAGUCAAUUGAAGUUAGACCACCAUGGAAAACCUGGAAGCACUGGAUGGUCGUUUCAUCUUAUUGUGGGACUCCUCACCACUACUCAUCCACGAUCCGGCCUCGCGGGAUAUCGAACCAAGGAUCUGUCGAUCACUCGCACGAACAAUUAUCCUCCAGACCACUGAGCCGACAUCCAAUGGUGUUAAUGUAUAAUUUCAACUAAUCCAUGAAAUUGAGCGACACAUCCACAAUUGUCUUCAGUGAGUUAUUAUCUCACCACUGACAUAGUUGAACUCCACUGGUCACUGCUUCUCAUCAGGACUCCACAAAAUACUUAUUGAAGCCAGUCACUAGUCAUUUUGUUAGAAUUACAACAUAUAAAUUAAGAUUUCUUAAUAAGAAAAUAAAGAGUUCAUAUCAAAAUU